AUGUCACCACUUGUCAAGUUCUCCCUGUUUAACACUUUGACAGUGGAGUUGACGUCGUCUUUCUUUGUAGACGUGACAGAAGGAAGCCGUUUUUACGAGAACAUCUUUGUUUCGGGUGGUGCCUUGCUGGCCGAUGACAACUUUCUGAAGACAAUUCAACUUGAUCACCUUGAUGCUCUGUUACGCUACCUAAAGGAACAAAGCCUAGUUCAUCAGAAGUUCGUCUGGGUCUUGAACAUCAGCCGAAAUGGCUACAAGAAACUUUCUCUGAACAGGCCACUGACGAGAAGAGACUCCAGAGUUCUGAAUCUUCUACGCGAUUACAAGAACGAAGGUUUUGUUACAGUUCUUCAAAAGGGUUACGUAACAGAAGGCAUUCCGUCUUCCCAGCGCUAUUUACAGACCUCGCUCAAGCUACAAAUUGAACUUGUGUCUGUCUACAGACACGUGAUUCUGUUGUCAGAUAUGGACAAGAACAGAAUGGAAGUACCGUGGUUCUUUGAGCGAGGGAUUGGGGUUAUGAAUGUUAAAGAGUUUUUGACGUCAUUUGCGGGGGAAAGGGAAGCAACAAACCUGAUCCUAAAACAGCCGAAUCCUGAAAGUAUGUGUAAGGAAACUACGGCAGUGGCAUAUUGUUCCACUCCCGAAGAUGAAACGUCUCUCCAAACUCCGCUGGGAACUCCAAUGUCAGACUCCUCAACUGAUUUUCCAUAUAUGGAGACACAGGCUCGUGAACCACCGCGCUCGACUGGCACCCCCCGAAAGCGAGCCGUACGCUCGCGGAGCUGGGAUGCAGGUUCCAUGACCCACACUCGGCUCCAGAUUCUCUCAUGCGUGAGAACUGUGCGUGACAGUAUUCGUAGUCAGAUUAGUAAUAGUACUCCUUCAAGUCCUGUAGGUCGGUCCAUGUGACGACACGUGUAGACACCUUGUGUAAGAGGUGGGAAGGAAGGGUGGGGCUUCUUUUUCCUUUGCGUUCCAAGUCAAUUUGCUUCUGUGACAUCCUCCUCUCCGGAAGUUGUCCUUUCCAUUUUCGUACUAAAUUUUGUUUUAGAUUGUUGCGUUCUACAACGUUUGUCAGGCGCCAUAGUAGAUUUAGAACUAAAUGUUUAACCUUGGUUCCGCAGUGACUAUAAGAAACUUCAUUUUUAAAUUUUUAUUUAAGGGAGGGGGGGGUUGAAACAAUUAAUGUUAUUUUAAUAUAUACUUCUGUGUACAGAUUUUUGUACUCUCUCAGAGGAAAAGUUUAUAAUUUGUUUUGUAAUGAAAUGUGGAAAUGUUUGUAAACCUUCCGAGAAAUCUUGCAAAGAUUCGGAAGCACUCGAGCGAAAUUAAUCGAAAUAGCAUUUAAACCUAUCUAAACUCGAUUACUUUGGCUUGAGUUCCACAUUUUAAGUAAAUUUUCGCUUGCUUCACUUUUGUUCAGCAAACGUUUUUAAAGGAUUUUUACAUCUUUGAUUACCGAAGUUAUGGUGGGUUGGCAUAGUUACUAGUUUAAAUUAAAAUUUGUAAAUAGAAUUAUCCAUGGUAUAAAUGUUUUGUUUUUUUUUGUCAUAUAAAGAAGAGAUGUAUUAAGUUUUCAGAGAUUUAGCAAAGAGCGCGAAUCUUAGCUGUUUACUCAAGUGAUUCCAAAGCCGCGCUAGCGUAGUUACAAUCGCGCUACACUUCAAAUUUGAGAAUGACUUGAUAUUAAUUUGAGGAGAGGGCUGAUAUUCUGGCCAUGUAAAAAUUUAUUUCAAAUAAAGAGGCGUUUAUUGUUGUUGUUUCUUUUCACAUGAA